GACUACUUGUCAGACAUGGUUCUUCAUGGGAUAUAUAUGCGACCACCGAUUACACUCCCUUGGUUUUACCUCGCUCGUUCAGUGUUUCCUGGGUCAUCUGUCCAAAAUCGUUGGGAAUGGGUGUCGUUCCAGAAGAAAACUCGUCCGUUCUGGUGCGGUGGCCGCGCGUGACAAAAUUCACGCUGUCCGCGUGCGCCGCCGCAGCGGCUGAAAUAGUGACCUUCCCUCUGGACCUGACCAAAACCAGACUGCAGAUCCAGGGCGAAGCGGCGGCCCAGGGGGGUGGCGGGGGAGGGGGAGGGGGAGGUGGGGGUGGGCGGCCCUACCGAGGGAUGCUGCGUACCGCUGUGGGUGUCGUGCGUGAAGAAGGCCCGCAGGCGCUGUGGCAGGGCGCCACGCCGGCCAUAUACAGACACAUAGUGUACUCUGGUGUGAGGAUGGUGGCCUACGAGCAGCUCCGGGACUCCGUGCUGGGCAGGAGGGAGGACGCCAGCUUCCCGGUGUGGAAAGCGAUGCUGGGGGGCAUGCUGGCGGGGGCGCUCGGCCAGUUCGUGGCCAGCCCCACGGAUCUGGUCAAGGUACAGAUGCAGAUGGAGGGGCGGCGCAAGCUGGAAGGAAAGCCCCCCCGGGUGCGGGGGGUGUCCCACGCCUUCGUGAAGAUCGUCUCCGAGGGUGGGGUUCGAGCUCUUUGGGCCGGAUGGGUCCCCAACGUGCAGAGGGCCGCCUUGGUCAAUUUAGGAGAUCUCACUACAUAUGACUCCGUGAAGCACUUUUUACUGAGAAAUACCACGCUGCGGGACAACAUGCUAUGUCACGGCUUGGCGAGCACCUGCUCGGGUCUCGUCGCAGCGAUCAUGGGGACGCCGGCCGAUGUCAUUAAAACCAGGAUCAUGAACCAGCCGACAGACACCAGCGGCAGAGGUCUGCUCUACAGGUCCUCCUGGGACUGCCUCCUGCAGUCAGUCAGAGGGGAGGGCUUCGUGUCCCUCUACAAGGGCUUUGUCCCCACCUGGAUGAGAAUGGCCCCCUGGUCCAUGACCUUCUGGCUGACGUUCGAGCAGAUCCGGCGGGUGACCGGCGUCUCCUCGUUUUAACCGCCUGCCGCACCACACCGGCGAGCAUCGAGACCACGUCCCGCCGGGUUCGGUCCCGCUCGGCCCGACGCCCGGCGGUCGACGGACAGCACGUCGCGGCCUUGGUCUACGAGCGCGGCCAGUCCCGUCCCGGAGGAGGAAAAUCGCAGAACAGCACGGUCGGACCCGUGACCUUCCUGACGUCGUCGAGCGAUUUUUGCACCGAGGCUCAUUCACGGCGAUGUUACAGUCGUCCGUGAGGCUGUUUCCACACGUUGGCUACCGGAGCGAUGGACGGAGUUGAUAAAAGGAGCAGAACGUGGACCUGCGGGGCCCCCAGUGGACUCGUGAUCCGUUAGCCGUCAUUGAGCCGAUCGCUGAAAGCAUGGUGCGGCUAAAGGUGGAAUUAAAUGCAUUGAACGUCACCCUUUGUGACAGUUUAU